AUAGUACAUGAGCAUGGUUGCAUCUGUUGGAAACAUCGAUAGUCUUCAUUUAUUAGUGAAAAGUUUUAAUUCAAUUGUUUAAAAACAGUGUAUUUACUCAUGGCUAACUACAAAGAAUGAUGUCAGUUCUACAAGCUAUCUCUAAUAUGAAGCUACGUUUCGGACUAAGAGAACUAUUUUAUGCAAGUCUCUGUGUUGUGCUGGGAUAUCUACUCAGAGUACGAGACUCUUAUUCUCUCAAUCCAGUCUGGCGUAAACGUAGCGAAGUCUCGAAAUUCGCCAAUGGGAAGUUUAUGACUGAUGCAGAUCGAUGCCCCAUGCCCAUUGUGACAGAUCUUGAGGGUGAUGGGGUCAAUGAGAUUGUACUAAUAUCUAAUGAUCUCCAACAUUUGAAUGUGUUAGCUAUGCCUGUACCCAGUGAUGAAGAUGAUAUUACAUUGGCUCAUGUUGUUGUGAAAAACAAAGUUGAGUUGACAAUGGUGGAACGUGUGAAGGGACAUGCGUCAAGACCUUUUACUAUGGGUGUUGGUUUUGUUGAGCCUUAUCUUUCAAUGAUGCAGGUUAGGAAACAGAUAAUUGUGGUAGUGACUGAUGACUGGCAGGUUCUCUGCUACAGCCAUGACCUUCGACCUCUAUGGCAGCACCAGCUCCCCCUGCCUGUGUUCAACUUCCAAGAGGUCGAGGUCAAGUCCCUGGCAGUGCAGGUGUCCCCUUUCUCCAUUGAGAAGAAACACAAGGGUCUGGUGGUGGUUGCUGGAAGCUUCAGACACAAGUCUCACAAGCCAAACAUAUUCACAGAGAUCAAGGAAAGAGAGCUGAACCAGUUUAGGAAUCGCACAUUUGAUGAAUCUGUGGAGUAUGAGAAUGAAACCCUGACACAUUUCUCCACUUUUGCCCUCAGUGCCGAAGAUGGAACGUUGCUGUGGAAGCACGCUUCAGGGGAUUUUGAGGAAUCGAAACAAGAAAAAAAGCAAGGUAGUAUUAGUGACAUCCACUGGAAACUAAGCUUGCGACACAAAAGAUCUCACAAAGGGGAAUCACCUUGGUCAGAUUAUGGACACCAGUUAGACUCAUUUUUGCCUCACUUAUGGGCAGACAACUCAGACACAGAGAUAAUGAUGGCAAGAGUUAACAAACAGUUCAACAAAACAAGCAAAGAGCAGCAAGAAUCCCCUGAGAAAGUCACACCCUCCCAGCCAACCUCAGCUCUCUUGCCUGACCACUUCAUUGGCUUGGCCUAUGGGGGCAACAGACCACACAGUGUUCAUGAACACAUUAAAAAUCCUAACAGCAUUGUGGUGAGGUCCCCAGAAGGUCUUCAGGUUUUGUCUCUAGUCACUGGUCAGCCAAAGACCACACUUUUCUUCCCCGCUGACCGGUCACUUUACCUGGAUAUGGAUAAAGAUGGCCACAUGGAGAAAAUGGUUUGGGACUUGGGCCAGCACUUUACCCCUUGCUACCUGGACAUCUGGCGCAUCACCCCAGUGCAAGAAAAGCUGGAACAAAUCACUCUGUGUUCCAGCAAAAGGUUAUUCUGGACGCGUUCCUGGAGCCUGGAGGAAGACAUUUACAAAAAAAUUCCACCCAAAAUUAUUAAAAGCAUAGCUCGUAAGACAGGAGUUCUGCGCCAUUUUCUUGGUCAUAAUUUAUUUGAAGACAACUCCUUUGAUAUCAUUACAUUUGGCGGUCUAGGAAGGGUCAGCUCUAUAGGUCUGGAUGGGACAAUCCACUGGCAGACUUUAACAGAAUCAAAGUGGGGGGAUAUUUCAAUGAACCUGCGUAAAACAGGAGGGCGCCAGAUGCCCGAUAGCCUAAAAGAAGAAUUCCUCUUGUCAUUCCAACCUGGCAGAGUUAUCAUGCCCCUGCAAGAAGCAGGAGAUAAGGUGGCAGUUGCCGUGGCAGGCUGGAACACCCUGUCAGUUGUUGACCUUGUUGAAGGUAAUCUUCUAGCCCAACAUUCCAUCCCCGCCCCCAGCACUGGCCCCCUGGUUUAUGGGGAUUUUGAUAACGAUGGCUUGAUGGACAUAAUACUCACAUGCAAAAAGGGGUACAUUGGAUUCUCCCUGAAACUACAACACAACUAUCAGUUGACAGUUCUGUACACAAUCUCAGUCUUCCUCAUCAUAAUCUUAUUCUCAUGGCUCAUCUCCACAUCCUCACAAGGGGACAAUGAAAGUGAUAAAGAUGACGAUAAUGAGGAAGAGGACGAAAUUAUUGGAGGUGAUGACGUUAUCAGUGAAAUUCCACACAAUAACCUUCUAUUGUAUAAUUAA